GAAGAGUUGUUCAUGUGGCUUCUUGUUAAAUAAAUUAUCAAUUAUCUAAUUCAAAAUAGUAAAAUGGAAAACAAAAAGGGCGGAUAUCCAUGGAACUUCUAAAUGAUUGUUGCAUAAUAUUUCAUUGUUUGGAAAAAUGUCUAAUAUAAUGAAUAUGUUUAAACUUGGACAUUUAAAUUUGUCAAAUAAAAUUGGCUGUAUUUAUAAAGCAAAUCCUUUGGCAUCUGUUAUCAAGUCUCAAGCAGUUGGCCAUUCGCAUGUUUGGAACAGAUAUAUUUCAAUUCUCACUCCUGAAAUUUUAAAGCAAUUUAGAAAAAAUUUAGAAUCUGAUCCAAAAAAUCUUUUGGCUCUAAAUGCAUGUGCUAAAACAGAUCCUCUUGAAGUAUGCCAGCAAAGACAUAUUGUAGAAAGCUCAAGUCAUGUAUUCACACAUAAGGUUGACUCUGAAAUCAAACCAGUUACCAACCAGAAAAAUUCUGGUAGAUGUUGGUUGUUUGCAGCUCUCAAUGUUUUGCGAAUUCCUUUCGUAAAACAACAUCAGCUCGAAGACUUUGAAUUCAGCCAGAGUUAUCUUUUCUUUUGGGAUAAGGUUGAGCGAUGUAAUUUCUACUUACACACAAUUGUGAGUGUUCUCCAAAGAGGGGAGCCUGUUGAUGGUCGUCUAGUAUCUUUCCUCUUGCAUGAUCCCGUUGCUGAUGGUGGUCAGUGGGAUAUGGUUGUAAACAUAAUUAAGCGAUAUGGUGUUGUUCCCAAGAAAUGCUUUCCAGAAUCCUUUUGUUGUGAAACUUCUGGACGUUUAAAUGCUAUUUUAAAGACUAAGACAAGAGAAUACACCAAAGAACUGAAUCUGUUGGUUCAAAAGAAAAGUAGCCAAGAAAAACUGGAUGAAAAAAUUCUUGAAUUUAUGGAUGAGCUUUAUCGAAUAAUUGCCAUAUGCUUAGGAGUCCCUCCAGAAACUUUCACUUGGGAAUAUUAUAAUAAAAGUAAAGCAUAUUGUGUUGUUGGCCCAAUAACACCUGUUAAAUUCUAUGAAGAAUAUGUAAAGCCUUACUGUGAUGUAGAAAACAAGCUUUGUUUUGUGAAUGACCCGAGACCAGAAAAUCCUUAUGGGUGCACCUAUACUGUUGAUUGUUUAGGCAAUAUGGUUGGAGGGCGUCGAACUCUUUAUAUAAAUCAGAAAACUGAAGAUAUAUUAAAAUAUGCUGCAGAAUCCAUAAAGAACAAUGAGCCAGUCUGGUUUGGUUGUGAAGUUGGCAAAAGAUAUGCUCUGAAAUUAGGCAUUCAAGAUCUCAGAAUCCAUGAUUACAAGUUGCUAUUUGGAGUAGACAUUAAUAAAAGUAUGUCAAAGGCUGAGCGCUUAACUUAUGGAGAUUCUUCAAUGAAUCAUGCUAUGGUUUUUACUGCUGUUUCUUUAGAUGCUAAUGGCAAACCUACAAAAUGGAGGAUUGAGAAUUCUUGGGGUGAUGACAGGGGAGAUAAAGGAUACAUGCUGAUGACUACUGAAUGGUUUGAAGAAUUUGGGUUUGAAGUUGUUGUUGAUAAGCAAUAUGUACCUAAAGAAGUAGCAGACCUUAUAAAAAUGGAUCCAAAAGUGUUACCUGCUUGGGAUCCUAUGGGUACUCUAGCUUCAUAACUGUGCAAAAAUUGCCAUUAAAUCAUAAUUGCCUGUUAUGUUCAAAAGAAAUUUAUAUGAAGCCACUGUAAUUUUCAAAACAUAAUUUAAUUAUUUAUUUUAUAUUACAUAGAUGUUUUAUAUUUCUAUUAUAAGUAAAAUUACAAUCUAUGUAAAUCAAUGCACCAUCAAAUGUUUUUAUCAUGUCUUAAAUAUAAUUUGCUUUAUAAAUAUUUUAAGGUCACAGUAUUUUUAAUUGUGGAAUAUGUAUACUUUUUUUAGUCCGAGAAUAGUAGUGAACAACUCUCGAUUUAAUUAUCUUUAUUGAUACAUACAUAUACAUGUAUAUAUAUUUCAUUUUUAUUUGAAGUAUUGAAGAUAUUUCAAUAUAAUUAAGUGGUUGGUGCAAAAAUUGUUUGAAAGUUAAUUUCUCAAUUAGAUAUUAAUAAAUUUGAAUCAAAAUUUGCUUAUAAGGAUGUUCAUUGUUUGUGUUUAACACAAUGAAUAGAAAUUUGUUGAAUUAUAUUAAAAUCAUAAAACAAGAUAUUAUGAUCAAAUUGUUUUUGUACUUAUUUUAGUGAUGUUUAUUUACCAUUCUCAUUUUAAGUUUACAAAACUUGACAUAAAGCAAUAAACAUAAGUUAAUUGUGCUAUAUGAAAUGCAUUAAGAUGAAGUUUGAAUAACCUGCCAUUUGAAAUUAAAUAUAUCAUAGAACUUGAAAAGCUCAUUUUUCUUUAUGUGAAGAAUCUGAUCUAUUUCUAUACUUGUGCGGUUUUGCUAAUCAUGUACUUAAUACCUACACUGAGUUUGUUGUAAUACGGUAUGUGAAAAUAAAUUUUGGAAGAAUAUAA